CGUGCAUUUAACAGAGCUGCGUCACACUUUCGCUUUCGCUUGAGAGCCGCAAUCCUUCAAAUGGCGUCUCAAGAAGAUUUAACCAGGUUUUGUAAAGAAUCAACAGCCCCAUCUAGUAUAGAAAGGAAGAUAUCAGAGAGAAGAAGCAGCAUGACUCCUCCUCCAAAGAUAUCUGAAUUAAGGAUUUGGUUGUUGGGAGAAGACUGGGCUGAUAAGAGUUCAGUGGGAAACUUGCUCUUGAGAAGAAAUGAAUUUGAAACGGAAGCUUCUCUUCCACUUCAUCAGUGUGCUAAACCAGGCAUAGGACAGAUUGAGGAUCAAAGCAUAUCUGUGGUCAUCACACCAAAUCUGUUUAACAGAGAUGUUCCUGCAGAUGAAGUUGCUCAGGCACUAAAAAAUUGUGAGGCCAUGUCUGCUCCAGGUCCACAUGUACUUCUGCUAAUUCUGCAACCAGAUACUUCCAACGAGAAGAUCAAAUAUAUGAGUAAUACCAUGAACUCCUGGUCAGAGCACACAAUGAAUCAUACUUUGGUACUGCUGAUGGAGGGAGAGAAAAAAAUCAGUAUUGCUAAAGAGAGAAAACUUAAAAAAAGUUUUAAUGAAAAAUGCCACAAAUUAAACACAAUAUUCACAGAUCAACACAGUGUAGUCACUGACCUAUUUGAAAAAAUCAAGAACUUAGUGAAGGAGAAUGAAUGGAAUUAUCUCAGCCUGGAAAUAUAUGUAUCACCACCAGAGAUGCCAUCAAAGAAAAAAGUGAUGGAUAAAUUUGCCGGAUUUUCAUCGGACAUUAAACACAAAAUUGGAUCACUUGCGCAAACAUCAUCUCAGAGUACAAGAAACAAAGAAAUGCCUGUUCUCAAUCUGGUGAUGUUUGGAAGUAACAGUGCUGGGAAGACUUUAGCAGUGAACACAAUACUGGGCCUCAGAGAGUCUGCAGAAGUGUCUGAAUUUGAAACCCAUCAUAAAUGUGUCAAGAGAGAUGGUGUGAUAUGUGGACACAAGGUCACCCUGGUUGAAAUGCCGAAGCUAAACAAAACAUCUCUGUCUCAGAAGGAUGUGCUGCAUGAGGCAUACCAUGCGCUGUCUUUAUGUUCAUUUAACAUAAACACAUUUCUCCUGGUCCUUACUGUUGAUCCUCUCACUGACGAUGAUAAAGGAGAACUGAAAUUAAUGAGUGACAUAUUUGACACAGCUGAUGGGCAGUUCUGGAACUGUCUGAUGAUCGUGUUCAUAUAUCAAGGGAACAGACAGGACAAGAUUGUCAAUGAAUUCAUACAUGUAAACAAAGACAUUCAGACAUCAUUGAAGAAAUGUGGGAACAAAUAUUACAUACUCAGUGUUAAACAAAGACCGGAUAGUACACAGCUCUCAGAAUUGCUGCAGAUGAUCUAUAGAGUUACUUGCUACUCGUUUGACACAUAUCUGAAGGCUCAGAUGGAUAACAGAAUUCAACUAGUGGCCAGAAUUAAAGAAGUGGAGAAAGAAAUCAGAACGUUAAAAAAUAUUCAUCUAAAAGCUGAGACUGAGAGAUCAAGCACAAACUGUGUGAGGAUUGUGCUUAUUGGAAAAACUGGAAAUGGGAAAAGUGCCACAGGAAACACUAUUCUCAACAGAAAGGCAUUUAAAUCUCAAGCCAGUUUUAGAUCAGUGACAUCCUCUUGUCAGAAGGAAGUGGGGUUUGUUAAUGGACAUCCAGUCACUGUUGUUGAUACACCAGGUCUAUUUGACACACAAAUCCCUACAGAUGAUGUAAAACAAGAGAUACUGAAGUGCAUCAGUCUCCUCUCUCCAGGACCUCAUGUGUUCUUGCUGGUGCUUAGAAUUGGAAGAUUCACUUGUGAAGAAAAAGAAACUCUGAACCUGAUCAAGGAAACUUUUGGGAAGAACGCUGGAAUGUUUAGCAUCAUAAUAUUCACUCAUGGUGAUCAGCUGCAAGAUCAGACAAUUGAGAGCUGUCUGGAAGAUACAGAUUCACAUAUGAAGAAGCUGAUUAGAGAUUGUGGAGGAAGAUAUCAUGUGAUUGACAAUACAAAACCAGAGAGUUCUAAAGAAAUCACUGACUUACUGGAAAAAAUCUACAGUAUGGUUGAAAAGAAUGGAGGAGGGUGUUACACCAAUGAGAUGUUUGAAGAAGCAGAAGCUGCCAUAAAACUGGAAAUGGAAAGAAUAUUACUGAAAAAGAAAGAAGAGAUGGAAAGAGAGAACAAACUUUUACGUGACAAACAUGAGAUGGAGAUGGCAGAGAUGAAGACAAGAAUAGCAGAACAAAGAGAGUUAAUGGAAAGAGAGAGGAAGGCAAAGGAGGAAGAACUCAGAAUUAAGGAAGAGUUCUUGGGAAAUGAACUUAAGAGAAGAGAUGAACAAGAAGAGAAGGAGAAGAAAGAAAGACAAGUAGCUGAAGACCUAAGAAGAAUAGAAGAGGAGGAUAAACAGGAACAAUGGAAAAGGAAACUACAAGAAAUAGAAGAGAAACGAAUAAGAUUAGAAGUAGAACAACAGAACAGAGACCAGGAAUAUAGAGAGAAGUAUGAGAGAGAGAGGAGAGAAAUGGAGGAACUUCAUAAAGAGAGACUGAAGAGAGAACAAGAGGAAGAAUACCAGAAAAGACUUAAAGAGGAGAGGAGUGAAUGGGUGCUGAAAGAAAAGAAAAUGAUUGAAGACUUUGAACACGAAAAAAGAAAAAGGGAAGAAAAGGAAAAUGAGAGGAUUGAGGAUGAGCUUAAAGAAAGAGAGAGAAUAGAGAGAGAGUACGAGAACCGUAAAAUAGAGAUGAGAAAACAGAGGGACAAAUGGGAAAAAUCAUGGAAGGAGGAAUGGGAUAAAAGAAUAAGAGAAGAGAAAAAGAGAAGGGAAGAAGAGAGAGAGAAACUGAGAAAGCUUGAAGAAGCAUUUGACCGAGAGCGUAAAGAGGAGGAGGAGAAGAGGAAGAGAGAAGAUAAAGCCAGACGAGAACAGGAGGAGAAAGAACGAAAAGAAAUGGAGGAAGAAUAUGAAAGGAAAUUAAAAGAAAUGAAGAGAAAGUAUGAAGAUGAGGCCAGAAAACAAGCAGAGGAAUUCAAUGAAUUCAGAGAGAAAUAUACUAAAGAAUUUCAUGCUCUCAUGUUAAAGCAUGAUUUAGAGAUGCAGGAGCUGAAGCUAAAGCAUGAAAGAGAGAUCCAUGAGAAUCAAAAAGAGUACAGCGUAUUGAGUGCACUCUCAAAGCAAAAAGAGAAAAAUCUGAAUGAAAAAAUGAAUGCAAUGGAAGAAAAACAGCAAAGAGAGGUUGAUGAGCUGAUGAAGAAGUAUGAGUCUAAAUGUGUUUUACUGUAAUACUGACAUCUUUACUAGAUUUAUGCCCUGACAUGAAUAAUAUUAGAAGUUUAGGUUGCAGUGAGUAUCUUGUGUGUCGAACAGCUGCUUUAACACGAAAACCGCCAGAGGUCGCUGUAUACCUAAAACCGCCAGCAGGUAGAUUUUACCCACG